AUGGCAAAAGGAUCUGUUAAAAGUUGUGUAAUAUCUACCAUAAUCGCGAUCAUUUUGCUUGAAGGUGUAAGCAGUCUUAAUAAUUUCUCACCAUCAUUUGAUUAUUUCCCCACGAAUGUAUACAUACCCGAAACAGCAACGUUCGGUGAUAUUAUAUGGAGAUGUAACGCAACAGAUGGUGAUGACUCGUCGACACCAGCAGGCCAACUCAGAUAUCAGAUGAACACAAAUGUUUUUGUGCCGAGAUGGGUACUGGACAGUGGAUAUUGUAUAAUGUAUCUCAACACUAAAUUAGAUUAUGAAAGCCAAUUAACGCAUACAUUACGAGUGGUAGUACGAGAUCUGGAUCCAACAGCACCACGAAGUACUACAGGAACAAUGACCAUUCAUGUUAAAGAUACCAAUGAUAAUCACCCGGUAUGUACGGAGUAUAAUCGAGUGUUAUAUGUAUCGGAAGAUACAGCUGUGGGUACAGUUAUUGCCAAGGCAGUCUGUAGUGAUAGUGAUAGAGAUAAAUCUACUCAUGGAAAAAUUCUUUAUAAAAUCUCAGAUUCAAACAUUGUUGAAGUGAAUGAUAGAUUUGAAAUCUUACCGGAUGGUUCUGUAAAUCUCAAGAAACAACUGGAUUAUGAGAGAGUGAAGUUUUAUGUAUUAACAAUAGAUGUUUAUGAUAAUGGUGGAUCAAAUUCUCUAACAACAAGUAUAACAUAUAAUAUACAAGUUAAAGAUAUAGAUGAUAAUAAACCAACCUGGUCAACCAACCCAUUAACUGUCUAUGUUCAAGAAUCAGCUGCUCUAGGAACUGGGGUGUUUACUCUCACUGCUAUUGAUGCAGAUAAACCAUUGACAGCUGCCAGUACAAUAAAAUAUGGUAUCAAAACACCAGCUGUACCAGAUUGGUUUGGUAUCGACAGUCAGACAGGUGUUGUGUAUGUCAAGGGAAUUCUAGACCGACACAUUUCACCAUGUGUUACAAUGGAAGUGUAUGCUUAUUCUUCUAAUAAGAGUAAUGAUCGCAGCGAAUUAGUGGCUGAUAUUAGACUAACUGAUGGGAUUACUACAUCUAAACAAAGCUGUGAGGUAAUUAAGGAUGUAACCACAAAAUCUACUGUGACCGAUCCGGAAACAUCAACAUAUACCUCUUCAAAAGAACCAAGUGUAUUAACAACUGUAACUGAAAAAGCAAUUGUAACUACAAAACCAACUGAAAAACUAACUUCAAAACCAACUGUAAAAACAACUGUAACGGCAAAACCAACUGUAAAAACAACUGUAAAAACAACUGUAACGGCAAAACCAACUGUAAAAACAACUGUAACUGAAAAACUAACUGUAAAACCAACUGAAAAAGCAACUGUAACUACAAAACCAACUGAAAAACUAACUGCAAAACCAACUGAAAAACUAACUGCAAAACCAACUGAAAAAGCAACUGUAACUACAAAACCAACUGAAAAACUAACUGCAAAACCAACUGAAAAACUAACUGCAAAACCAACUGAAAAAGCAACUGCAAAACCAACUGAAAAAGCAACUGCAAAACCAACUGAAAAAGCAACUGUACCUACAAAACCAACCGAAAAACUAACUGCAAAACCAACUGAAAAAACAACUGCAAAACCAACUGUAACUGCAAAACCAACUGAAAAAGCUACCGCUAAAGCAACUGUAACUGCAAAACCAACUGAAAAAGUAACUGUUAGUGCCAAACCCUACGUUAGUGAGAAACCUAUUGUGAGUAAAAAGCUAAAAGGUGAUGAAGUUGAUAAUAACAAUGAGUUUUUGAAAGGAUUUGGAACUGGUAUUGGUUCAACUUUAGCUUUCUUAAUUAUCAUUAUACUGGUAAUAGUCAUUAUCUACAAGUACAGAAAAAUGCGUAUAUAUAAAAUAUAG